AUGGCGGCGGGCAGCGCCGCUGCGGCCGCCGGCGCGGGAGGUGGCAACAUCAGCGACGCCUGCUGCUCGUCGCUAAACAAGGCCCUCGACGCCGGGCACCGCUGCGUGUGCUCGCUGCUGCUGUCCAACGGCGUCUUCGCCUCCCUCGUGACCAACCUCCUCACGCUCCCGCUCGUGCUGCCGCUGCCCGGGUGCUUCCUCUACGCACCUUCCCUCGCCGCCUGCCAAGCGACGCUGCAGCAGCAGACGAGUGCACCACCUGCAGCAGCCUCGUCAGCUGCGAAAACGGGAGGCGGCGCUGCGGGGGCGGCGCUUCCAUCGUCCACACAGGCCGCCGCCGCCGCACCGCCGGUGAACAAGCGUGCAGGUCGAGAACAGGCUGACGACGGGAGGGCGAGGGGAAGCCUAGGAGGCGAUGGCAGUAGCGAGGGUCCUAGUCCAGCGGGGAGCGUCAGCCGCAGCGAUGCGUGCAGACGUCCCAGCUCUGACGAGGGGAGAGCGUGCAUACUGACCUUAGCGGUGGCCGUGGCUGUAUUCUGGUUCAACCGCAUGACGGAUUCGUAG